ACAUUCCCCAUCACAUUACUAGCACAAAAACAAAAAUGAAUCUUAAGGAAAACACUUAAGUUUCAUUUUCUCCAAAGCCUCAAUCGGCUUCCACGCCCUAAUGCUGAUAAAACGCCCUCACAAGCUGUUUAUAUACUGAUACACAGAUCAGCUGUCAGCUCUUCAGCUGAUCUCUCCUCUGCAGCCACCAGCACCACUGACACUGACAGGAUGGCACAAGCAGACUGGACAACUAUCUUCGAGGAUAAAGCGAGAGAUCUUAAACAAGGAGACUCCUGGCGUCUGGAGUUCGAUGAUACUCUUGUGCCUGCGUCACCAAACCCGGGCUGGAAGGAGUACAUCAGGAACACAGGUGCAAGGUUCAGGUGCAGAAAGUGUGGGAGAAGCUGGCCUUCCAACCGGGUGAUGGUGGUCUUCCACAUGCGCCUUAUAGGGAGAGAGGGCGUGGUCAAGGUGAGACGCUUCCGUCAGAACUGCAAGAAGUGCCCCUCAGCACCAAUGGAGAAUCCUGAGAUCCCUCCCGAGAACAUCGACAUCCUCAUGGACAACCUGGUGAAGAAGAUAAGAAUAAAAUGUUACGGUGAAAGACUGGACGGAGGGUUCAGGCCUCCUCAAAACCUGGAGGUCAAUAGUCCACAUGAGCCGGCCCAUUGUGAGGCCUGCCAGCUCGGCAUCUGUGAAAGAAAUACAGCUACAAACAAUCCUUCAACUUUUAAGUAUUUCUUUUAGAAAUAAUAUGCUCCUGUUUCAUGGCUUCCUCUCAUGUAUAUAUUGUUAUAACGUUCAUAUGAGCAUUCACAUUUACUUUGUUUGAGUUUGGACUUUAAGUUGUGUGGACAAAAACACAUUCUGGUGACAGAGGGACGAUAACUAAAUUUCAGUGUAAAUGCUUGUUUUUCUUGUUCUUAGAAUAAGGGUGGGUUUAGGGUUAAAGAUUAAUGAACGUACGUUAGAGCUGUGUCCUAUGUAACAAAAGAUGGAUUAUUUCGUAGAAAGGGAUCAUCUGAAGCCCCUUUCACACUGCCUUUUUCAAGGCGGAAAUCUAUGAUCAUGUGAUGCAUUUUAGAGCAAAAAACUUUCCCUCACAAUACCUUUCCUGCCACUCUGUUUUACUGCGUUAGCUUCCUCUAUAGUAUGAAAUAAUCAAAUGCUUAUACUAUUCUUGUUGGCAUUCAGUUAAACAUGAAUGCAUAAACAAGAAAUAAACUUGCAUCUUUGGUAUUUUCUUUUCUCAAAUAAAUUGGUGUCAUUCAUUUAUCAUUUAAAUACAACUGGUUU